CAACUCAAAACAAACACAAACACAAACACAAACCUCCGACUUUCGUUGUUGUACUUUGAACUUCAAUCUAAGACCAGAUCGAGUAAUAUGACUUUGUCAUGGAGAAGGCUGAGACCCGGCCGUCACGCCACGAAACAUUCACGGCAUGGCGAGGCCGGAGGGGACAUUGAACUGACGAUACCGAGCCACUUCCGGUGCCCCAUCUCGUUGGACUUGAUGACAGAUCCGGUCACGUUGUCUACCGGGAUCACAUACGAUCGGCAGAGCAUUGAGAAAUGGAUCGAAGCGGGAAAUGUGACGUGUCCUACUACAAACCAGGUACUCACAACUCCUGAACCGAUCCCGAACCACACCAUCAGGAAAAUGAUACAAGACUGGUGCGUGGAGAAAAAGUCCUUUGGGGUUGAGCGUAUUCCCACCCCUCGGAUUCCGGUGAGUUCCAUGGAAGUAUCCGAGAUUCUGUCUAGCAUUACGUCGUCGGUGGAAAAGAAGGACCGAGUCGGCUGCACAGAGCUGGUGCAGAAGCUCAAGGCGCUGACUAAAGAAAGCGAACGCAACAAGCGGUGCAUUGUCGCUAACAGAGCUGCGAGUACAUUAGCGGCCGCGUUUGGUGCUUUUUCAACGGCGGGUUCUUUUCAUGAGAACGUCGGCGUUUUAGAGGAAAUCUUGUCCGCUUUGACUUUGAUUUUCCCGCUUGAUAUGGAGGCCAACGAAUAUCUUGGAUCUACGGAUUCGUUGAAUGGCAUGGUGAGGUUUCUUGACAGCGGAGAUUUGUCACAGAGAAGGAACGCAGUCUUGGUUCUAAAAGAGGCUCUUUCAUUUGAUAAGCAAAAGACUAGUUCUUUGGAAGAGAUUGAAGGAGCUAUGGAAGCCCUAGUGAAGAUGAUCAAGGAGCCCAUUUGCGCUACUUCCACCAAAGCCUCAUUGGUCAUCAUUUACCACAUGCUUAAUUCCACAUCGUCUAGCUCAAGAGAAAACGUAAAAGAAAGAUAUUUGCAGAUGGGAUUGGUCUCCAUGCUAUCGGAAUUAGUUGUAGAUGCUGAGAGGAGCAUUUGUGAAAAGGCAUUGGGGGUUCUCGAUGCGAUAUGUGGAAGCAAGCAAGGGAGGGAAGUUGCCCGCCACAAUGCCCUGACCAUGCCGGUCGUUGUUAAGAAGAUGCUUAGGGUUUCGGAUUUAGCUACUGAGUUUGCAGUGUCCAUUCUAUGGAAGCUGUGCAAGAAGGACAAGAGGGAAGACGACGACGAGGAAUGUCUUGUACUGGAGGUGCUUCAAGUGGGUGCUUUUCAGAAGCUGUUGUUGCUGUUGCAAGUUGGGUGCCCGGAGAGGACUAAAGAGAAGGCGACCGAGUUGUUGAGGGUGUUGAAUCUUCAUAGAGCGAGGUCGGAGUGCAUUGAGUCCAUGGAUUUUAAGGAGCUCAAGAGGCCUUUUUAAUUCAACUCGAUCAAACUAACAUUUUGAUCAAAUUAAGUUUUGAUAGAGCUCAUGCGGGUUUUUAUAUUGUACCCUUUUCUCACAGUUACCAAUACUGUACAAAAAACACGUACAGAACGUAAUUUACAUAUACGUAUAUGCAUGAUUGAUGACUAUAUUUGGCUC